AUGUAAACAUGACUCCUUGUAAAAAAGGUGUCAGUUUUGUUGCCAGAUAAAAGGGUAAAAAAACAAUUAUUACAUUUGUAUUGUUACUUUCCACACCGCCCCUCAUGAUUACUUUUACCACAUUCGUCAAUAACACUGGGGUCUUAAAAGGAAAACGAUAUAAUAGGCGACGUUUUGGGCAAUGGCCCUUCGAGCCAUAUCUCUUAUUUAUCCUGAGAUCUGUGGGCCACUCCGAGAGCACCUGGCCCACAAGCCGCCAGUUGCAGAACCAUGCCCUCUGCUUAUUUCUGUGCCAAGUUGCCACACAUGCUCAGAGUCAACAUGUUCUGAUUAUAUUAGCCAUGAAAAAAGCAGUGUUAUUGACGACCGUGUUGAGUUUGAUGUAUGUGCACCACUGCCAGCAUCACUAGAUCACUUUUAUUGGUUCAAUAUCAUUGGUUAAAAAAACCAUGACUUUGCUGAUGAGACACUGAACGUUGAAACCGGUACAGAGUGUUCUUGUGUUGAACCAAUACUUCUGAUAUUGUGCACUCCCAGAAGAUCUUGUGGCCUAAGGGAUGCUUGGAAAAUAUUGCGUAGGGACAGCUGUGUGGAGGAGGCGGAUCACCUGCUUGGUCUCUGUGUCGUUUACAUUCUCAACGACGACGUUGAUGCGGGACUCGUGACAGGCGGAGUGACUGCUUGCCCCCUUCCAUGAGGUUGUGGGGCUGGGAGAGGAGCGCACGUAACAGAUGGGAACUCCAUCCGCGUGUCCAGCGUGAAGUCCAAGCUGAUUUUGUGUAAUGAGGUGGGAACUCAAGAUACCAAGUUCAGGCUCAUUUGCAAACGAUGAUAGCAGUAAUAUACAAAGUACAACAAUGAAGCAAAUAAAAAUCAGCGCAAAAACAACCAUGUUACAAAAUUAAUUGAAAACACAAACAUUCAAUGGAAUAAAAUAAACCCACGUGACCUCGUGGGUGGCGGUGUGGCGGAGUCUCCACGUGACCGCAACUUUAUAAGCCGGCGCCCCCCCUAGAGAAAGGGGGGGGGGGGCUCGUGCGGAACCCUCCUGCGGCAGCACUUUGCCCUCGGCGCGGUUAUCUCAUCUCCCAAGGCGAGCACCUCCGCGCCAUCUGCAGUCGUUCUUUGCUUGGUUACUCAUUAACUGGGACCGUGACAACACAGCCCCAUCCGGCGGGCCCAUCCCGUGCCGCCCCCCUAGGGCCACACACGCGAGGGGCGCGCCGCGGGAACGGAGCGCGCAGGUAAUGGGCGCCGCGGCACUGGCGACACUGGCGUGGGUGACGCUGGGGUGGGUGAUGCUGGAGUGGAUGCACGCCGGGGUAGACGGAAGGACGCCCGCCGUCUAUACGAUGAACGUCAUUCUCAUCGUGGAUAACAACACCGCGUGGUCGAUGAACACCGUUCGUCCCGCCAUCGAGCUCGCCAUGGAUGACGUGAACACGAAACUGUUAGCAGGCACGGGCGUGAGGCUCAACGCAACGUUUGACUGCUACAGCUCUGAGUGGCUGGAGAGCAAAGCCUCGAGCUGCGAGGACACGGACUGCGAGGCCAGGGAGCUGGUCAAGGCGCUCAAGGUGAGGAGGACGCCUCGAGGCCCGACACGCACUCACAGCGCCGCGGCAUCACAUGGCAGAGUCACGGUCCCCAUGCACGCGUCUGGCGAGGCUGCCUCAAUCACUGCAAGGCAGGAAGCAGAGAUGGUGCAAGACAUUUCUCAUGGCUGCCCCGCCAACGAUCAGCUGGGAUGCGUGAUCGUGGGCCCGUCCUGCCAGUACUCCUCCUACUCCCUUCUCAGGUCCCAGAGCGUGUUCAACCGGCCCGUGAUCGCGGCAGGCAGCUUCGGACUGUCCACCACCUACAGCGCCAUCCUAAGCCGCACACUCGUCCCGGCCAUCAAGAUUUCGACGAUGCUCACGCGCCUGUGGGCGCACACGGACGCGCGCAAGCAGUUCACCUGGCGCACGGCCAUUGUCUUCACCGAGGGCAACAACGACGCCAACGUCUGCUUCUGGUACCUGCAGGCCCUGCUGGAGAACGUGCAGGGGCCCCUGGGUCAGAAUUUCAUGUCGCUGCGUGGACUGCUCGGCAAGGACCACGUCCUGGCGCUCGACACGUUCGCGCGUUUCAACACCACGCUCAGCCGGACGCGGCACAGCAACGUGAUCAUCAUGUGCGCCAGCCUGACCCGGGCGGAGGAGGUCAUCAAGGGACUCGGGCACCUGUCUCCGGACACGCGUGAGCAACUGGUGUUCGUGGUGAUCGACCUGUUUGGCCUGGACUACUAUAAGACGUAUGAGAACCACAGCUCGGCACUGGAGCGAGCGCUCAUCGUGACGCUGCCUGAGAGGCAGGCCACAGCCUUCGGCGAUAAAUUCAACCUCACCAGCAACCACUUUGUAGUGGGCUACUACGACAGCGUGCUGUUGUAUGGCUCGGUGCUGCGCAGGGGCCUUCAGCAGGGCAGCUAUUCGUGCAACAGCGCGGACGCUCGCAGCUUUCGAAAUCUGCACUUCCAAGGCCUGGAGGAGGAUAUCUAUAUCGAUGAGAACGGCGACCGGGACACGAAUAUCAAGAUCCUCAACCUCCGCGGCAACAAGUUUGAGGAGGUGUGGGACUACUCCACGGGCCUGGGCACCUUCCUCCUGGCAGAGAACGUGACACUACCCUGGCUGGGCAACCAGCUGCCGGACGACACCCCCAAUUCACCGAAGAUGAUGGAGGUGGUGAAGAUCGCGCUGGUGGCUGUGUGCAGCCUCCUUUUCCUGCUCUUUCUCGGAUUCAUCAUCAUGUGGAGGAAGUAUGCAGUGGAGAAGCAGCUGAGCAGACAGCGAUGGGUGAUCCCCUGGAGUGAGCUGCAGACUCUUCCUGACGACGAGGCUCAUCUCACAUUCGAGGUGCGAAUAGAAAAGCUAAGCGUGGAUGGGAGCCAUGGCCCGGUGCCUCCGUGUGCACCGUGCUUCCUCAAGCGCAAGUACGACAACAAAGUGGUUGCUCUGAAGCCGCUCUGCCUGGCUGAGAAGGACUUCUCACGACCACAAAAGCUGGAGCUUAACAAUUUGGUGGCUUUGGACUUUGAGAACCUGGUAAAAUUCUAUGGGACGACGACGGACGUGGGCGCGACGUACGCGGUGGUGGAGUUCUGCAGCCGCGCCGCUCUGCGGGACAUCCUGGAUGACGAUGUAGCGUACCCUGAGGAGACACUGAUGGACUGGGAUUUCAAGGUUUCACUCAUGCAGGACAUCGCCAAGGGCAUGGCCUACCUGCACUCGAGCAAGAUCACCGUGCAUGGGCGACUCAAGUCUACAAACUGCGUGGUGGACGGGCGGAUGGUCGUCAAGAUCACGGACUUCGGCCUGCCCAGCACAGUGCACGCGCUGCCCCCUGGCACCUCGGGGCUGUGGACGGCCCCGGAGCUGCUGCCCCUGCGGGCGGGGGCCUCGCAGCGGGGCGACGUGUACAGCUUUGGGAUCGUGCUGCAGGAGAUCCUCUACCGCAGACAGGUCUUCUACAUCAAGGGCAACUCCCUCACCGAUAAGGAUAUUGUGGAGCAGCUGCUCAGUGGGAAGGUCAUGCGUCCUACACUGGACAUGAAUGACUUUAUCCAUAAAGGUGGAGGUGAAGAGCUCUGCGCAAUGAUCACCGACUGUUGGGAGGAGGUUCCCGAUAAGAGACCGGACUUUCGUAAAAUUGAGGGAAUUUUGCGUCGGAUCUCAAUGUGCAUCCACAAGGGCAAGGCGGAGAGCUAUGUGGACAGCCUGAUCCGCCGGCUCGAGCAGUAUUCCAAGAACCUGGAACGCCUGGUGGAGGAGCGCACAGAGCUGUACAAGCGCGAACGCGACCGCGCCGACCACCUCAACUACCAGCUACUGCCCAAGACAGUGGUGCAGGCACUCAAGAGCGUCGGCUCGGUGCAGCCGGAGCUGUUCGAGGAGGUCACUAUCUACUUCAGCGACAUCGUGGGCUUCACGACCAUUUGCAAGCACUGCGAGCCCAUGGAGGUCGUGUGCCUGCUCAAUGACCUCUACAAGGAGUUCGACUCCAUUGUUGACUCGCACGAUGUCUACAAGGUGGAAACAAUAGGUGACGCUUAUAUGCUGGUGUCGGGGCUGCCCAAGCGCAACGGUUGCCAUCACGCCAUGGAAAUCGCCAACGUGGCCCUGGACAUCCUCUCCUUCAUGGGCUCGUUCCACAUCCAGCACCUGCCGGGCCUGCCUGUCUGGGUCCGCAUCGGCAUACACUCAGGAAAGUGCGCGGCGGGGGUGGUGGGGAACAAGAUGCCCCGGUACUGCCUCUUCGGGGACACUGUCAACACUGCGUCUCGCAUGGAGUCGACGGGCUACCCUUACAGGAUCCACGUAAGCCAGUCCACUGUGGACACCCUCAACGCACAGCAGUCAGGACAUCAGUUCACGUGCCGCGGCAUCAUCGAGCUGAAGGGUCGGGGGCUAGAGGUCACUUACUGGCUGGUUGGACGAAAGGGUUUCUUCAAGAAGCUGCCCGAGCCUCCCAAAGCGGCGAGCGCGCAUGGGCUGCGCGAGGAGUUUGAAAGGAUGAUUGUGGAUGUGAAGCGGCGAGGGGUGGGAGAGAGACUCUCCCCACCGGACGGAGGAGCCGCGGGCAGCGACGUGGAGACGGAAUACUGGCAGAUCGACAGCCGAGUCUGCCUGCAGUGCGAGACCCGGCUCUAACGCGCAACCCUACAUCAUACUCACAAGCAGACUAUUUGCCCCCUUCCCACAUCUGUCCAUCCACAUCAAUUAUUACACAACCCACCGGCCACCUGGAAGUGAAUAACUUCAGCAGCAUUGGUUUAAUAUAAUAAAAAUGCAUUGCCUCAUUUAAGCAAGCCUGACUGCUGUGAUGAUACAAUGUAUGUCUAAACCGGCCUGGAGUGUGCUUGUGGUGAAGCAAUGCUGCUGAAAUGAUGCACUCACAUGAGACGAUGUGGCAAAUGGGAAGUGUAAGAAUACUUGUACUUUUUACGUGGAGAGACGGUUAUGUCAAGAAGGUGAAGUGUCUGUUUAUAUUUUUAAUAUAUACACUUGACUAAUAUUUAUUUAUCAAAUGUGAGUUGUUUUGUCAGAGGUGUCAAUUGCUGAAAUGCUUAAUAGUCGAGCAUUAUCAGUUGCAUCUACUUCACAUUGUCAUCAUAUUUACCCGUGUAUGUCUGAUAGCUGAUACAAGCCAAUGCAUUGAACAAUACAAAAUAAAUAUUAAUUUUUGCCCCUCACCUGACGAAUAUCGCUCUCAUAGCAUUUUUUUUAUCUUGUGUAUUCAGCAAAACGUCACUUCGGUGAGGACUGAGACGCUAUCAUGACCAUCCUGCUAUGUUGGCCUAUUCGUAUACCACGCCAGGAUCGUUCACGUCCACUGAUUCAAAUCCGGAUAUGAGGAGAAAACCCAUCAACAGUACAGACUGGAAAACAAGCAUAAGUUAAACAACAACACGUAUUGGCACAAGCAAAAGGUACAAGCGGCACGGCGGCAGGUAUAAUAAUGUACAGUAUGGGUGAAUACAAGGGUGCAGUGCUGCAGGUGGGUGCUCACGCCACUGCCGGCGAAAGGGCCUCUGCAAGAGCGAAUCUACAAGAUACGGUAUUUGGUCUACUCUUUCAUAAAUACUGAGCAGAUGUGCUGGAUGAUGUAACGAUACUUUACCCCACCACAGGUGCGACAUCCCGGUCUAUUUUGAGUACCCACGUGACGUGAACAAAAACGGGGACAUUU